CUUCUAGCGAGGACGUCGCGGAAAUCCCGGAACUACAAGUGCCCCAGCGUUGCUUAGCUUGUCCAGCACUUUUUCGGGAUGGCCACCGCGUCGCAGUCUUCCUUUCAAAUGAGAUCGGCUGAUCUGAUCAGAAAAGAGGCCCUGGACUAUGGAGGGUUUGGAGACGUUUACCUGUGCUACCAUGUAACCCUCGGCCAGGUGGUGUUGAAGACCAUGUAUACAGGCCCUAUUCGCAACGAGGAGAAUAAAAAGUCGCUGCUGGAGGAGGGGAACAUCAUGGCCAGCCUGAACCAUGAACGAGUGGUGAAGCUGCUGGGUGUGAUCAUGGAAGAAAGAGACUGCUCGCUGGUAAUGGAACUCCUCCCCAGAGGCAAUCUGUCGGUCAUGCUAGAUACGGUCUCCGUGCCACUAUCCAUCAAGUGCAGAAUCAUCUUAGAGGUUUUGGAAGGGAUGAUUUACCUGACGGAGAGACACGUCAUACACAAGGACAUCAAGCCGGAAAACAUUUUAGUUGACAAGGAUUUUCACAUCAAGAUUGCAGACCUUGGCCUGGCCACCUGCCUGACAUGGAGCAAACUCACAAAGGAGGAGUCCAGCAGAAGGAGUCGUAAAGCGUGCUCAGCAGGGACGAGAGGCGCUGGGACACUGAGCUACAUGGCCCCUGAGCACCUGGAGAGUAUACACACAGUCUCCACUGAGAAGUCUGACAUCUACAGCUUUGCAAUCGUAGUUUGGGUCAUCAUCACAGGGCAGGAGCCAUAUGCAAAUGCAAGGAGUGAAGAACACAUCAGCCAGUGCGUCCGUAACGGGGACCGACCUGCAGAGUACCUUGUUCCAGAAGAUACGCCUGUAGAGAUCCUUCAGCUCAUGAAGAGGGGCUGGGAUCACAAUCCGGUGCAAAGGCCAACAUUUAAAGAGGGCUAUGACUUCCUGCUGCCUUUCUACAUGGAAAAGCUUGAACCUCUUGUAGAGGAAGAUGUACAGGAACUGAGGAAAUUAUAUGAAGGCCCAGAGGAACUUGUUGAGAAGAUGAAAACUCUGUCAAUGACCCAGGAAUGUUUUUUGCCAGAUUGCCCAGCUCCCUUGAUGAGUUCAGACAGAAGUGUACCUGGGCCAGUUGAAGCCAGCAUUGAGGACAUGCAUGACAUCCAAUAUGAGCAACCUCUUCAGACAGACGCAAAGGCAUUCAGAAGCCCUUCAGCUUUGGAGGAGAAGCUGGCUCGGGAGCUUCAGUACCACAAACAUGGCAGCUACAACCAGCUUGAAGCUGAAAUCUAUCCAGGCAACUCAAAUCCUUUCCUGCAAAACCACUUCAGCAAUUCAGAUCAAGCUAUCCAGCAACCAGAACCAGACAGACCCUCUUGUGCAUCCUCUGUCCAAUCCUGGACAAAAGCUGAGCCAGUGCAGCCCACCAGCCAGGAGGAGGCGUAUCGCCCUACUGCUGGUCUCUAUAAUUCCAUGAACUCCUCCAUACCUUCUCCAUGCCACUUGCCACUGUCUGCCAGCAGCCCUUCUCUAUCACAAUAUAACCAGCAACAUCCACACUCCCACUAUGACCGCCAGCAGUCCUGGCCAGUUUACCCAGUGUCUGAUACGUCUGCUCCUGAUAUCAAGCCCGGGCGUCUCCUUGCACCCUCAAAGAGCUACUCACCACAAGAUCCAGGAUCUCUUUUCAUUCAGAAUGCGAGCGGGAUCCAGAUUGGGAGCAACAACUCGAUGAGUAUUAGAGGUCACGAGGCCUCCAAUAGUUUGAUGUCUCUGCCUUCGAAUGCCUCUCCCAUCAAAGAAGGCAUUUUGAAAUAUGAGGACUAUGCCGUGACCGAGGGUCACCUGGACAUACUGAGGGACAACAUCGGUAAAAAAUGGAAGGGAUGUGCACGGCGACUGGGUCUGAGCAGUGUGGAAAUAGAGACCAUUGAGCACGACUCUUACCGUGACGGCCUCCCCGAGAUGGUGCAUCAGAUGCUGGAUCGGUGGAAAAUGAAGGAGGGAAGUAUUGGCUGCACUAUUGGGAAGCUUUGUCGUGCUCUGGAUGGCCACAUCAAGAUAGAUGUCAUCCAGAAAAUAUUGGACUCCUGCAGUUCUUCCUCCUAGGUCUGAGAAACGUUUUACCUCAUUCCGUCUAAAGGACCCUCUGCUCAUGAUGUUCACAUUUUAUUAACCGUUUGCAACAUUUAAAGGCUCUCUCAACCAAAAAGUAUACUAUUUUCGGAUUUAUGGGACACAUUUUAAAUACCUUCUCUCUCGCAACAUGUGUCUUGCUCAAAGCAUUGGAAAUGGCAAACUGAAAACCGAAGAGCUCACUUGACUUCUUCACUGAAAUGUUUCCUUUUGUUACUUUUUUUAAAUCCUCACAGCUCCCUGUGAACUGUUUUCACUUUCUGGUACUCACUCAUUUUGAGAAAUUGUUACACGGACUUUACUUUUAUUGUGAACGUUUUCAAAUGACUUUAUAACUUUUUAUAGCAAGACAAGCUUGUUCAAAUUUGAGGCUUUUCUUAAUAUGGAAUUUCAAAAUCUGUUUUAAAAGCAAUAAUAGCCUGAAUGAUUAGUACAUUAUGCAUAUUGCAAACAAUGUGUUACAGUUGACACAUGAGACAAGUCUAAGCAAGAGUUAUUACAAAAGUAAUAUUUUUUAUAUAAAAUGUCAAUUAUGA